CCGCGCUCCCCGGGAGCGGAGCGGCCACGCGUGGGCGGGCAGGGGCCCGUCACGUGCCGGGGAGCGCCGCCCCCCCCCCGGCGGCGGCGGCGGCCAUGGCGGCCCGGCGGGGCGCGGAGGAGAUGCGGGAGCGCGUGGUGCUGGGCGAGUUCGGCGUCCGCAACGUCCACGCCACCGACUUCCCCGGCAACUACCCCGGCUACGAGGACGCGUGGGACCAGCGGCGCUUCGAGGAGGCGUUCCGCGUGGACAUCGUCCGCGAGGAGGAGGGCGCGCUGGAGUUCGACAUGGUGGGCAUCGACGCCGCCGUCGCCAACGCCUUCCGCCGCAUCCUGCUCGCCGAGGUGCCAACAAUGGCUGUAGAGAAGGUCUUUGUGUACAACAACACAUCCAUCGUGCAGGAUGAAAUUCUGGCUCAUCGCUUGGGACUUAUCCCUAUCCGAGCUGACCCUCGGCUCUUUGAAUACAGAAACCAAGGAGAUGAAGAAGGCACAGAAAUUGAUACUCUGCAGUUCCAGCUGAAAGUAAAAUGCAGCCGAAACCCUCAGGCAGCCAAGGAAUCAUCUGACCCUAAUGAACUGUAUUUCAAUCACAAAGUGUACAGUAAGCAUAUGACGUGGGUGCCCUUGGGGAAUCAGACAGACCUCUUUCCAGAUGCUGACUUCCGACCCGUUCACGACGACAUCCUCAUUGCACUGCUGCGCCCUGGCCAGGAAAUAGAUGUGCUUAUGCACUGUGUCAAGGGCAUAGGAAAAGAUCAUGCCAAAUUUUCUCCUGUGGCCACGGCUAGUUAUCGACUGCUUCCUGACAUCACACUCCUGCAGCCUAUUGAGGAUGAGGCAGCUGAGGUGUUGCAGAAGUGCUUUUCCCCUGGAGUCAUUGAGAUCCAGAACAUCAAGGGAAAAAAGGUUGCAAGAGUAGCCAAUGCACGGUUAGACACAUUCAGCAGAGAAGUUUUCCGUCACGAGGGUCUGAAAAACCUUGUGCGCCUGGCAAGAGUGCGAAACCAUUACAUCUUUUCAGUGGAGUCGACGGGUAUCUUGCCUCCAGAUGUGCUGGUCAGUGAAGCCAUCAAGAUCCUGAUGGGAAAGUGUCAGCGCUUCCUGAAUGAGCUGGACUCUGUGCCUAUGGAGUGACCAGGCUGUAGCUGGGAAGCUGUAACCCUGCACUGCUGUUCUGGACUUCUGCACCUGCCUGCAGGAGUGAUUCCUCUUCCAUAAGGAAGAGGUUUGAGCUGGUCUUGUUAGGAGUCCUAUGACCAUCUCUAUGAAUUUCUCUGUUGGUCGUAAGCCUCAGUGAGGAGAUGCACUAAAAUAAAGGCUUUUCUUUA